AUGGACCUGCCAGAAGGCCAGGCUGGCAGUCCCACUACAGAAAUGUACCUGUGGGAGCAACCUGAGGAAGUGAGCUCAGGACCACUGCUCAACCUAGAGGAGCAAAUUCUCAACUCUACGUUCGAAGCCUGUGACCCUCAGAGGACAGGCUCUGUGGCUGUGACACAUGUGCUAGGCUACUUGGAGGCAGUGACAGGCCAGGGUCCUCAGGAUGCACGUCUCCAAACGCUGGCCCACAGUCUAGACCCCGACGGGCAGGGCCCAGAUGCCACUGUAGACUUGGACACCUUCCUGGUGGUCAUGCGGGACUGGAUAGCUGCGUGUCAGCUGCAUGGGGGAUUAGAGCUGGCAGAAGAGACCGCCUCGGAGGGAGCCCUGGCCCCCCAGCACCUGCCAUCUGGAAGCUCAGAAGCUGAGGAGCCAGCCAACCUGGAGAGCUUUGGAGGCGAAGACCCCCGACCCGAGCCGCCUGCCACAGCUGACCUGCUGAGCAGCCUGGAGGACCUGGAACUCAGCAACCGGCGCCUGGCCGGGGAGAACGCCAAGCUGCAGCGCAGCGUGGAGACAGCUGAGGAGGGCUCUGCGCGCCUGGGCGAGGAGAUCUCUGCCCUGCGCAAGCAGCUCCGCAGCACCCAGCAGGCCCUGCAGUUCGCCAAGGCUGUGGACGAGGAACUGGAGGAUUUGAAGACUCUGGCCAAAAACCUGGAAGAACAGAAUCGCAGCCUCUUGGCCCAGGCUCGGCAGACGGAAAAGGAGCAGCAACAUCUGGUGGCUGAGGUGGAGACUCUGCAGGAGGAGAAUGGAAAGCUGCUGGCUGAGCGGGAUGGAGUGAAGAGGAGGAGUGAGGAGCUGGCCACAGAGAAGGACACAUUGAAGAGGCAGCUGUAUGAAUAUGAACGCCUCAUUUGCCAGCGAGAUGCCAUUCUGUCCGAGCGCACCCUGCACGCCGAGAGCCUAGCCAAGACUUUGGAGGAAUACAGAACAACCACCCAGGCUCUUGCUGUGACAACUAAUGAGGCUGCCAGUGCAGCCUCUAAUUGGACUUGUCUGGCAAGAACUGAGAUCGGGCAGACUGGGGGCUCGGGCACUAUGACCUCCCCCUGCGUCAUCAGGGACUGGAAGGGAGAAGGGACGACAGGGGGGUGGGGCUGCUUCCAGCUGCAUUUCCAAAGCCUCCAGAUCACUUGGCACCUGCUGGUCCCAGGGCUGGUCCUGGGCCUGCUGCUGCUGUUGCUUUCAGUCCAGCUGCUGGGCCAGCCCUCACCCCCAACCUGGCCCCACCUCCAGCUCUGCUACCUGCAGCCCCCGCCUGUGUGA